CACAUUAACACAAACAUGACACAUGCACCUCAUCAUCACCAUCACGAAUCCUCAUUCCAAAUUCCAAAACCAAUCUGUCUCCUCUCAUUCUCAUUCACGGUCACCAUUUUCCUCCCAAAACUGCUGUCUCUAUUCUCUGAGCUGACCCCUCUGCUAAAUUUACCCUAAAUUUUGAAGGUGAAAAAAAAGAAAUAACAGAUCCUCUCCGUUCUCCUCCACCUGUCUUUACCUUUCUUUCUAAGAUGGAAUUACGUGCACCAUUUUUCUGCUCUUACCACCACACCAACCCCUUCACCCAAACAGAAACAUCACCAUUUCUAGCGUAGCGUUUCGAUUUCUCCACCUCGGUGAAAGCCUUCUAACCUUAGAGGCUUUUACGGAAGGUGGGAUUUUGACUAGUAAAGGGGUGGUGGUUGUUGAGUUUACGGAAGGUUAAGCCCUUGCUUGAUUAUUUGCACCUUUUGAUUGAACCAUUCCUCUUUAUUUUUUUUUUCUUUUGUGUUCAAAUGGAAAAAUCAGAAUUUUUUGUGAUUCUUCCACUUAUUGUAUCAAUCUAGAUUGGAGUCAUGUUUACAAAUAUAGCUGAAGGAGUUUUUUAAGUACAAGAUCUUGAUAAGGUUUUUGUGAGAAGGGAAGGGAUUAUUAUAGCUGGGGAAAAGAUGGAAGAAGAGAAUAAUUCAUGGAUAAGGAGGACUAAAUAUUCUCACACAGUUUGCCAUCGUUUGGAUUCAUCUAGUUGGGGCGCUCUUCCAUUCCGCAUGGAGUCGAAGCACGAUUCAAGGGCUUCUUCUGCUAUUAAGGUUCAGACAAACCCCAUAACAAACAAGCAGAGAGCUCUGUCACCAAUAUUGCCUCAAACUUCUCUUUCUGAUGCUUUUAGGGAAGCUAGGCAUGAACAGAAGAGGUUCUCAACACCAGGUCCUAGCAGGGAGAAGAGGAUUAUGGGCUCGUUAUCCGACAAGAUGGAUUCUCUGGAAAUUAAGGGAUCAAGUUCUUCAAAAUCAUCCUCCAGAAGAAGCCCAAGUAGGUCAAUGAAACCGAAGCCCCGCAAGGACUUGUCAUGGUGCAAGUAUUUUGAUAAUGGUAGUGGAGGAAGGGUUACCGCUGUGGAAACAGCUGAGGAAUGGAGUAUUGACAUGUCUAAGCUGUUCAUAGGCCAUAAGUUUGCUCAUGGGGCUCAUAGCAAGCUAUACCUUGGUACAUACAAGGGGUAUCCUGUUGCUAUUAAAUCCAUUUUGGUACCUGAUGAUGACGAAAAUAGAGACUUGGCUCUUCGAUUAGAGAAGCAGUUCAUUAGAGAAGUCACCCUUUCAUCUCGCCUCCACCAUCCAAAUGUUAUAAAGUUCGUAGCAGCAUGCAGAAAAGCUUAUUUUAUUAUUACAGAAUAUCUGGCAGAGGGUUCGUUGAGGGCAUAUUUGCAUAAGUUGGAGCACAAAACUAUUUCCCCACAAAAGCUAAUAGCUUUUGCUCUAGAUAUUGCUCAUGGAAUGGAGUAUAUACACUCUCAAGGUGUAAUUCACCGAGACCUUAAACCGGAGAAUGUCCUUAUCAGUGAAGAGGGUCACCUCAAGAUUGCUGAUUUUGGCAUUGCUUGUGAGGAGGCAUCCUGUGACUUGUUAGCUGAUGACCCUGGCACCUACCGUUGGAUGGCACCUGAGAUGAUUAAACGUAAGUCUUAUGGGAGAAAGGUUGACGUCUAUAGUUUUGGGCUUAUGUUAUGGGAAAUGUUGACUGGAACAGUACCAUACGAGGAUAUGAAUCCUUUCCAGGCUGCUUUUGCCGUAGUAAAUAAGAAUUCAAGGCCAGUUAUUCCUUCAAACUGCCCUCCUGCUAUGCGUGCUUUGAUUGAGCAAUGCUGGUCCUUGCAACCAGAUAAGAGGCCUGAGUUCUGGCAGGUUGUGAAAGUGUUAGAGCAAUUUGAAUCUUCUCUUGCCCGUGAUGGAACCCUAACUCUGCUGCAAAAUCCAUGUUGCCAAGAUCAUAAGAAAGGGCUUCUUCACUGGAUUCAAAAGCUUGGUCCCGCUCAUCAUAAUAGUGGCCCUAUGCUUAAACCCAAAUUCACAUGAAACUCUGAAGUGUUCCUGGCUUUUGUAGCACACCAGGUCCAUUGUAAUUAAGAAUGAAAGGUUUGUUUUUGAGUUUCUCUGGUUGUAGUAGUCCACUUCUUUAUAACAUUCAUGCGCUUGUAAAUUGAUUUUUAGGCAUUCACAUUAAGGUAAAAGAAUCUUUUAUUUGUGCUGUGUGCGUCCACCUUAAUUAUAAUAAAGUUAUGGCACACUGGCUUCAUGUGUA